CGUGGGACAAGAAUGAGUUGGAAAAGACUCAGAAUCUGUUUGCCAUUCAUUCUAGCAACAAGUUUCAAACGGACAAGCGCAUAGAACAAGGCGGUUUUACUGCAUACCACUGCCUGCGUCUCCAAACCCAGAAGAGGAUGUCUGUGUCAGGGAAGAAGGAGUUUGAUGUGAAACAGAUCCUCAGGCUCCGUUGGCGCUGGUUCAGCCAUUCAUCUCAAGGUUCUGCUGGUGGUGGAGGUGGCAGUGUGGGAAGCUACAUCCAGCAGGAUGGCCUGGACCACAGAGGAACUCCCGUCCAGGGACGGCUGAAGAGCCACUCACGGGAAAGGGGCAUCGGAGGAUUGCGGAAGACCAGCAGUCCUGUGCAUAGCGUCAUGUCGCAAACGCCAGGGCCAACACCUGUCUAUGUCAGGACAGGUCAUCAGUCAUGGCAUCAUCAACCCAACACCAUCCAGGGCCUCCAGGUCAACGAGGAGUAUCCAAAGAGCAUUUCCUCUCCCAGCACAACGAGGAAAGAGGAAACAAACUCUGGCCAGGAAGUAAUGAUAAGCAGCACAGAGGAACCUGCAGAGGUGGAAGCCAGAGACAGGUUGGUUCUGAGCAAUUUGUCCAGAAUGAGCACCAACUCCUCCGAUGAAUUUUUCCAGGCCACAAAUCAUGCAGAGCAGACGUUCCGUAAAAUGGAGACCUACCUCCAGCACAAGCAACUGUGUGACGUACUGCUGAUAGCAGGGGAUCACAAGAUACCAGCUCAUAGGCUCGUCUUAAGUGCAGUUUCGGACUACUUUGCUGCUAUGUUUACCAGCGAUGUGAGAGAGGCAAAGCAAGAGGAGAUAAAGAUGGAAGGAGUGGAUCCUGAGGCCCUCAGAUCACUGGUACAAUUUGCCUACACUGGUGUCCUUGAGCUGAAGGAGGAGACCAUUGAAAGCUUAUUGGCGGCAGCAUGCCUCCUCCAGCUUUCACAAGUGAUCCAGGUCUGCUGCAGCUUCCUCAUGAAGCAGCUUCAUCCGUCCAACUGCCUUGGAAUACGAUCCUUUGCAGAUGCCCAAGGCUGCGUCGACCUGCUGAACGUGGCUCACAACUACACCAUGGAGCACUUCCUGGAGGUCAUUCAGAACCAGGAGUUCCUGCUGCUUCCCACGGCUGAGAUUGUUAAAUUGCUCUCCAGCGAUGACAUCAACGUUCCAGAUGAAGAAACAAUUUUUCAGGCUUUGAUGAUGUGGGUGAGAUUUGAUGUCCAGCAUCGACAGCAGGACCUCGGGGUUCUGCUCUCUUACAUCCGCCUUCCUCUUCUUCCUCCACAGCUCCUUGCAGAUCUAGAAAACAACAAGAUGUUCUCUGAUGAUCUGGAAUGUCAAAAGCUUCUGAUGGAGGCCAUGAAAUACCAUCUGCUGCCUGAACGACGGCCCAUGUUUCAGAGCCCAAGAACAAAACCUAGAAAGUCGACAGUGGGUGCACUUUAUGCUGUGGGAGGAAUGGACGCUACGAAAGGCUCCACCACCAUUGAGAAGUAUGACUUGCGAACAAAUACUUGGGUCCAGGUUGGAGUCAUGAAUGGACGGCGGCUGCAGUUUGGUGUGGCUGUGAUUGACAACAAGCUCUAUGUAGUCGGAGGGAGAGAUGGGCUGAAGACGUCCAACAUGGUGGAAUGCUAUAAUCCUGUCAGUAAAGUUUGGUCAACUAUGCCUCCAAUGUCCACCCACCGUCAUGGGCUUGGCAUUGCGGUACUCGAGGGUCCCAUGUAUGCAGUUGGAGGCCAUGAUGGCUGGAGCUACCUCAACACAGUCGAGCGUUGGGAUCCGCAGGCCAGACAGUGGAACUAUGUGGCCAGUAUGUCGACUCCACGAAGCACCAUGGGAGUCACAGCACUCAAUGGAAAGCUGUUUGCAGUUGGUGGGCGAGAUGGCAGCUCGUGCUUGAGGUCGAUGGAGUGUUUCGAUCCACACACCAACAAGUGGAGCAUGUGUGCGCCAAUGUCCAAGAGGAGAGGAGGUGUGGGCGUAGCCACAUACAACAACUUCCUGUAUGCCGUGGGUGGACACGAUGCCCCUGCUUCCAACCACUGUUCCAGACUCUCUGACUGUGUUGAGAGAUAUGAUCCAAAGACGGACACAUGGACCACUGUGUCCUCUCUCAGCGUUCCUCGGGACGCAGUGGGAGUUUGCUUGUUGGGUGACAGGCUCUAUGCAGUUGGUGGAUAUGACGGCCAGUCAUAUCUCAAAACUGUAGAGUCCUACGAUGCACAAAACAAUGAGUGGACUGAGGAGGUCCCUCUUAACAUCGGAAGGGCAGGCGCCUGCGUGGUGGUGGUGAAACUGCCGUGAGAAUCUCGUCUCAACAGCAACACAGAGGGCCUAAAUGAACGAGCGGCAAAGUGGAGUGGACAAACAAAGCAGCAGAUUGAGGACACAUCCUUUGAGGGAUGAAUUAUCACAUUUUCUUCUUUAACUUGGCCAUCCAGAUCUUUCACUGGGAAAUGCAGGCAAAGCCUUGCCCAAAAACCAUUGUUUCUGUCAUUAGUUGAUUUGUCUGCCCAGUGGGUAGGACUGGAAAGACUGGAAUGCACUGCACAUUCCCCACAUUCUCAAACGAUUAAGAACUUGGCCAAAAACAUUGCGAAUCAGCGCCAAGGAUUUGCUAUACUGCGUUCUAAAAUCUAACUUGAAUGUCCUCAGAAUUUUAUGUAACAUUUACACUCUAAAAAAAUGAAUUCUGUUAGUUUACAAUUAAACAAAAGCAUUUCCUAUCAGUGCCAUCUCAGACAGUAUAUUUUUUGGGUUUAUAUGUCCCUUUAUAGAUACUACAACAACAAUUCUUAUUCUUGUAAAUAUAAACCACUGGGGUUUUUUAUUUUUAACAAGAGUGGUCUGAAGUGAUUGUUACUCUUUGGCAAUGAAGACCACUGUGAGUAAAACUGCAAGUGAAGAGUUUAAGAUACAGGAACGAAACACACUUAUUUGCACCAGUAGCAACAGAACACCAAAGUCAUUCACUUCUUUUAGAUGUCUUUUUGUGCAUUAAAUAAAGGUUUGCAAAUCUGUGAAUCAAAGAAAAAUAUAUCAUAUUGAUAUUCCAUAUUUCUGUGUACAGAUUUCUGUUGAUGUUCUGAAGCUGCAUUUGUAUUUGUAGAAUCAUAACCCAACCAAUGCUGUCUUUAUUGAUUGUUCAUUUAGCUUCAGAACAUUUUUUUACAGUUUGCAGUUGGAUGUCUUGCUAGUAAAAAUGUACAUUGUUAGCGUGUUCACCACUACACAAAACCCCCAAAAAACAAAAAAAGUCUAACUAUAAUUAUAAUGGGUUUUGGGGGCCAAAUACUAUUCUUUGCUUUUGGUAUAAUUUUGUACAGCAUGCAAGCCAAUAAAAUAACUUCAGUUUUCUUUGCAUGAUUUAAAUAUGUGGCCUCAUAAAAGGCAGAUUUUUGUUUUUCUUCUUUGUUGUGGUCCUCAUAAAAAAAUCUGAUCCCAUAACUAAACAGACUUCGACUCCAACUUUGACAUCUGCAUUAAUCUCAGUUUUGUUCUCGCUGCAAUACAAACAAGCAUGUUUGGAGAUAUUGCUCUGUUUUACUCGUCCAUUGGCAGAAAACUGCUUCUCUGUGGCUUUUUUUUUUUUACUGUUUACCUUCUAAAUAGCCAUUCCUCUCCAUCUUCCCUCAGCUUGUUUGGUGAGAUUUUGAUUGCUUUUGUUGACAAAAUAGUGGAUUAUCUGUCCACACAUGAAGGUUUAAACCAUAAAUCUGCUUGGUGUCUCGGAAACACAUAAUACCUGACACAUGUCAGAGUCAAAGCACUUCUGCAUCCACCAUUUCACAGAUGCAAAGAAAAAUAUUCCCUUAUAUGCCUCUAAUCAUGUUUGUCUACAGAUUUCUAUUCCGGAAAGAUCCAAUCAAUUCCCUACUUUGGCGUUUUUCAGUUACAUUUAAGUCCAAAAUUAUUCAAAUUCAGAAACAAGAUUCAAUAAAGAAGGAAAUGUGACACCACACUCAAAACUGAUAAGAAAAACAUGUAAAAAAAAAAAAAACCAUGAAAUAAAAUGAUAUUUAUGAAGGUGUUAUAUUUUCAAUUUAAUUUAAAAAAUGGCUGUUCAAAAUUAUGUAAUAUGUAUAUACAAUUAAUGAAAAAAUAUUUUUCAGCAUUACAGCCAGACCCUUCUAAUAAAUUUUUUUGCAUGUUUUUGCCAUAUAUUUUCAGCAUUUGUCUGACUCUUUGAAACUGAAAAGUCAUCAUGCCAAACUUUAUCCUCCACCAAGUCCUUAUCAGGUUCAGCUUGGGACUUUGAACUUACUUUCUGUCAGAAUCAACAUGAUGGCGAAAUUCUAAUGUUAAUUUAAACCUAAAUCUGUCAAGGGAAAGAGUAAUCAGGCUUAACUGUACAUAUUAAUUUCAAUGUUUGAAUAAAAGUGAAAUCCUCAGAGUGGUGAAAGAUAGUCAAACUCAUUUCCAGUAGUUUUAGCAAAACACCCAACACCCACCCUAACUAAAAUACCUAUUUCCAUAAGAUGUAAUGUAUAUAUAAAACAUAUAGUUCUUCACAUAAAACUGUUGUAAAAUCUGCUGCUGUUUUCUCUGUUAAACAGCAUCUCGUUCUGUUAAUUUAAGCUGAAAGCAGUGACAACUGUCUUGAGAAAGCGCAGACAUUAAAUUAGCAAAAUUUUGCAUUCUAGACUGAGCGUAUAAAGCUUGUCAGUUUGAGUUGUUUUGAAUUGCUAAAAUCAUUUCUCUUGUGACAAACUGUCCACUCUGGAGCUUUCUACAAACUUACUAUAAACGGACAAAUGUCAUCUACAUGUGAGGGAACUGUUAUUGAUAAUAGUGUCACAGAUCCUCAUUUCAUAUGAUGCCUCAAAAUAUUCAGAGCACCUUUGGAGCAUUACCUUGAACCAAAAUGCAUUAGUAUUCCAAGACUGAGUCCCCAAAUACACUGCUCUGGAUGUUUAACAAUUUCUCCUCUGUUUUUGACACAAAUCUGCAUCCACUUAGAUAUAUAUUUGUAUCUAUGCUGUAUUACUUAUACUGUGAAAACAAGUGGUAAUAACAUUCAAUAUUUAGAUAAUCAGAAGGGAAUAAAAAGAGAGACUAAAGCCAUGUCAAGGUAAAGAUUCCUUCUAAAUAUUCAUAAUUAAAAUUGUGCUUUGGUGUAAAAAAAACUUCAGCUGAGGAUCCAAUAAAUUAUUUUGAUAAAGAAUCAUAAAGACUGAAAAAGAACAGGCACUAAACAACGCAGUAGGCUAUGUUGCAUUUAUAAUCUGUUGGUUUUUUUUAGGUUAAUAUCAUUUUGUAAUUAUUUAGAGUUAAGAUGCUUUAACACCAUCCCAACUAUUAGAUGUUUUAUUGUAGAUGAAACAGGACAACUGAUAAUGUAAAUUUCUUUUAUUAAACCUGCUUAGUUAUUUAGUGUCACAUGCUUUUCUAAAAGAUAAAACAAAACAAAGCAAAGAAGACAUAUUUCAUAUUCUCAGAAUCGUCAAGCAUGAUUACAAAUAAGUAAUAUAACACUUUUUAUGAUGUAAAAUGGAAUACAAAAAAUAUCUCUUGCUAAAUUCAAACUUUUAGCAUCUUGUUUUUAUAAGGUAAAAAUUCUCAAGUGAUGAAAGCUUAGUUUUUCUUUUGGCACUGUUUUGUCCUUUCAGUUUCUCGUUCUGUGUUAAAUAAAUGCAGAUAUUAUUCA